AUGAAACAACACCAACGAUUUCUCUUGGCAACCUUAAUGUGUUGUCUAAUGAGUUGCUUGAUGAUCGUGAGCAGAAUUGAAGCGGCUUGUACCUACUCUACAACCAACGGAAAGACCAUUGAUGUUUCAGGAGCAGACAAACAAGGUGGUUAUACUGUUACUGGCCAGGGAUGGGAUUAUUACUUCAAUGUUUGUGAACUUCCUGUUACCGCACCCUCAGGAAAAUGUUCCUUCACACCAACUCCACAAGCCUAUCAAUAUUCAGCAAGUUGGAACGACUGCUACCCUAUUGGUAAUAAGGGAAGCCCAAAAAUUGUUCCUCUCGUUCCAACCGAUGAAACUCAAGGUGUUAAAAUCACUCAUGAAGCCUAUACCUAUCAAAGUGCAAGACGUGAGCUAGUGAUCAAGUUGAAAUGUGAUGCAACUGCAACCACUACAACUUUCACAUUUGAGGGAGAGGCCACAGGUGCCAUCAGUACUUACACUUUCAGUGGUAGCUCCAAGUAUGCUUGUGUUGGCGCUGGCCCAGGACCAACUCCUGGAGGAGAUGAACCAAUUUUGGGACAAUAUGGUAUUGGUGGAUUGUUGUUGACAUUGUUGCUUGUUGGAUUCAUUCUUUACUUUAUUAUUGGAGCUCUUGUUUUGAAGUUUGCCAUGAAGAAGUCAGGAACUGAAAUUAUUCCACAAUUUGGAUUCUGGAAGGAUUUACCAUUCCUUUUACUUGAUGGAAUUAUGUUACCAGUUGAUCUCAUUAAGGGAUGUAUGGGCAAGAACAAGUAUCAAGAAAUGGCAUAA